AUCUUUCUAGUCUCAGUUCCGCCACAAUGCUCAUACUCUUAUAACAUCCUUGAUUUCAAUCUAUGAUCGAUUGACUUGCAUUUUGCAUUGCUCUGGCGCCGGCAUUGUCUCAUUUGUUGAAUCACUUAUACGCCCCCGACCUUGGCUGCAAUAAAGUCACGGAACAAUUUCAAGGAGUGCAAGUGAAAACUUCUGUUGUCAUAGAACUAAUCACAACAAUGAUCAUCUUUUCCAACCUUGACGGAUUUCUAGUGCCCUGUACAUAAUGGGGGAGGAAGGGUUUGAUUUUUCCGAUGAUGACAAAGCUGUCUUGUUCCAAUAUCUUGACGCUACUCUGAACUCCAGAAUCCUCUACGCGCUAUUGCAUGGCGUAUACACUGGCAUUCUUGCCGCUACGUUGUGGAAUAUAUUCAUCAAUAAAUAUUGGCCGAUCCGACGAGCUAUGGUUCUCGUCAUCAUUCUCCUUCAUGCUCUGACUACCAUCAGUUUUGCUGCCAGUUGGUCGUAUAUACACUCCUUAUUCAUCGAAAACGGGCAGAGUUUUUGGACCAUAUUUAUGAAGAUGACCGACGGUACGACCCAAGCAGCCUAUUGGGAGCUGGGUAUUACAGCCUCCUUGAGCACCAUUCUCACAGAUUCAUAUAUGAUUUGGUGCUGCUGGAUGGUUUGGGGUCGAUGGUGGCCCGUUGUUCUGCUCCCGAUACUUUCCCUAGUUUCUGCAACCGUGCUGAGAAUCAUUGACAUAUAUCACGAGUACUCCAACAUACACAACGAAGUAUUCCCUAUGCUCUACAUAUCCUUUGUUCUGGCGACGACACUAUGGUGCUCUAUGCUGAUCGCUUAUCGCAUAUUGACUAUUACUGGGACUAGGCGUGGAGUAGAGGGUCGACUGGGGGUUUAUCGCCGUUUCAUUGAAGUACUAGUGGAAUCCUCGGCUCUCUAUUCAAUAUCUCUGAUCCUUAAUUUGGCUUUCACUAUUCGCACUGACAAUCGGGGAGGGUACUAUUUUGAUGUCAUCGCUGCCAUUGCGAAGGGAAUUGCUCCGACGCUCCUCGUAGGACGUAUUACAUCUGGACAUCGGGCCCGCCCAGAUGAUUCGUGGCAGGGAAGCGUGGUCGCGUCAACUUCAAUUAGGUCUCAGUCACAAGAUCUUAAUCGAACAAGCUCCCAGGAAGACAGUGCCCUUAACCGUGAUCUCGAAGCUCAGCGCGAGAUUUCUAUCAGGGAACUUGCUCUUGCACUUCGCUCUGCUUUGACCGAUCGUGCCCACCCAAAUACUGCUGUUGUUCCGGAGAGUGGGACUUCCUCGCCCCACCUCGGGAAUCACUCGCUCCUUCAAGACAGUUUACCCCCUUCUGAGGAUGUCAUCCGCAGUUCCACCGUUGUGGACGAGGCGGCAGUUUCAACUCGAUGAAGAUCUGUUCUUAAAAUGAACAUAGUACGCAAUAGCCCAUCUGUUUUUAUUGUAGCCCUGACGUCCUACCGUAUAUAUAUAGAGCCCGUUUUGCAAGGGUUCCGAGACUUAGAGUAUGUCGUAUGCAUCGUUGCGUUUAAAAUAAGCUGUCCGAUUUAUAAUAGACUAAUAUCUAUGAGCUUACUUAUCUACACAACGGAGCAGAUUCUCAGCCCCAGCCUAGAACAUCCGCACGCAAUACUACCAAGAUGCUUCAUAAUUGAAGUCGGAACAUACCAGUCCAACGACCAACGGAAAACUUGAAGGUCAUCUGACUUCCAGUCUUGCUCCGUUACC